ACUGGCUUCCCAACGAGCAGAUCCUGUGACCUCCCUGUUCAAGAUGGCCGCCUGAGUGGAGAAUUUACACAUCUCCAAAAAAAAAACUAAGCCCAACAGCUAGCUUUCCCCCGAGCAACUUUACCUGCCUGAUCCUCAGAGAGAUGACACAUCGAUACGAGCGACGUCUGUUCCCGUUUUAAAACCGGAAUAUGAGCGUACUUGUUGAGGACAACGUCGGGGUUAUGGAAUAAAAACAGUGCUGGAAUUGGAGAGGGUUAAGGGCCCUUUGUUUUAGCCCAGCAUGGACAGCUUCUUCAAGGCAGCUGUAUGUGAUCUGGACAAACUGCUUGAUGACUUUGAGCUCAAUACUGAGGAACAUGAAUGCAAGUCUGUUUUCCUGAAGCCGUCUGUGUACCCGUUCUCCUCACUGGGCUCUCAGUGUUUACCCUCAGAGGCGUCCACCGUGCCACCAAACCUCCCUGACCUCAACUCUCUUCAUUAUGGUUCUGCCACCGGCUGUCCUGACCGCUCCAGCAGUCAAACCUGCAGCACUGAUGACAGAGAGGUCAGAGGUCAGCCUCUCACCGCAGUGGACCUUCUCUCCUCUGUGGAUCGCAGGCCAGCUAAGAGCUUGGCCCCUCCCUGCCCGGAUAGAGCGCUGAAGCCGGUGUGUGACCUUGUGAAUGACACGAGCUCAGCCAUCCUUGUCCGGGCCAACAGCCACAACGCUUUCAGUGAGCUGGACAUGGUGGAAAAGCAAAUGGAGGAGGAGGAGGAGGAGGAGGAGGAGGAGGAGGAGGAGGAGGAGGAGGCGCUGCUUGUGGACUUUGACAGCCCUGUGAUCACUGAGCAUGGACGGCCAAGCCAAAGUGCCAGCUGUAGAGACACAGAGGAAGAGAGAGACUGUGCAGCGAGGGCCGAGCUGCUGGGUUUAGAUUCCCACGAGCAGAGCGGCGAAUACUCUGCCUCGCUCAGUCUGCUGGACGUCAUUCUGCCUGCCGCAGUGGAGAGAGGCUGUGAGUCCACAAAUGAUUCACUGUCACCGAUGACCACUGAGUCAGCUGACAGAGAGGAGAGAGACUGCAAGGAGGUGGCGGAUAAGCCCUUGGACCACUGUGAAUUGGAGGCAACUCUGCCUGUUGAUAGCAUUAAAGAAACAACAACAACAACAACCUCAGUGAGUAAAGAGGAUGAGUCAGAAGAAGCCUCAGAUAAAGGUGAGGCGGAGUCUCCCGGAUGUCUAAACUCAGGGGCCUCAGGCAGCAAACAGUUGGGUUUAUCAUGUCUGCCCAUAGCUGUGUCCAUGUGUGCAGCUCUGGUGAACCAGAGGACCACAGAAGAUGAGUCGGGGGCAGCUGCAGAGCAGUGUGCUGAAGCAGACGUCUCUGAGAGCACAGAGGCAGACUCCUUGUCAGCCGUGGAAGCCAGUGAGGACAUCCCGUCUUGUGUAGAGGAACCCGUCGACUCGCCUGUGUCUCAGCAGAUCGCAGAGGGCAGGGUUUCUCCAGAGGGGCAGCGUGUCUCUCUUGAACCUGCUGCUGCUGUUCCCUCUGUAGACCUCGCCUCCUGUGAUCGCUCAGAGCCCAGCCCAGACGAUCCUCCCGAGUUUGGCUUUGAAUAUCUGCCCGAGAGCGAUCAGGCUGAGCUGCUGGUUACAGACGAGGAGUUGGAUGCGUUCCUGCAGGCGCACGCCGAAGCAGAGCAGAGCGGAGGCGUCUCUUAUUGCAGCACUUCUGGAGAUUUUACUCGACCCGAGAGUUUCUCUGAAGCAAACGGAGACCUGGAGGGCAGGCUCGUGGAAGAGGAGCUGAGGAGCUGUGGUCGGGAGGAUCUAGAAGGCCUGGCUUCUCCAGAAAGUGACAGAACAAUGGGUGUGUCUGUAAAUGGAAGGUUUAACACCGGUGCUCCUUCGAUUUUGCAGGACUUAAGCCAUGAAGAGCCAGAACCCUCCUCUGGGGAAAGCCAUUCCUUGACCAGCAACACUUUCCAGUCCCAGCACAGCAGUAGCCCUGAUCAGCAGCCCUCCUAUGGAGGUGCAAGACCUAAACAGCUACACUGCCACACAGCUAGAUCUCCACCAGCGGGGGAAGAAGGAGAAGAGCAGGCUCAGACACCUUCUACACAAGGGCCAAGUACAGCAGAGGAUGAACCGAGUUCCCCCGCAAGCCCCAGUCUUACAGAGGAGCAUUCCAACAUUAGGGAUUUGAGCCCUAUGUACGCCACUCAGGACCAUCCGGAUUACAGUGUGGGGUAUGAUGAACUCUCAGAGCCCCCACCUUACCCUGGCGAGCCGCCCACAGAUGGUGCCAGGGCGGUGAAUUGGAAGAGAGAGGGGGUGGAGGAGCUGGGCAGCAGACAGCCUGCUUGGGUUCCAGACUCAGAAGCUCCCAACUGUAUGAACUGCUACCAGAGGUUCACCUUCACCAAGAGGCGGCAUCACUGUCGAGCCUGCGGGAAGGUUUACUGUGGCGUGUGCUGCAACAGGAAGUGUAAGCUGAAGUACCUGGAGAAAGAGGCUCGUGUGUGUGUCAUCUGCUUUGACACCAUACACAGAGCUCAGGCCCUGGAGCGGAUGAUGAGUCCUGCGGGUCCCAGUCCAAACCCCAACGUCCCAUCUGAGUACUGCAGCACCAUCCCCCCUCUGCAGCAGGCUCGAGCCGCCGGCACUCUUAACUCUCCUCCACCGACCGUCAUGGUGCCCGUGUCCGUUCUCAAACAGCCAAACAACGACAGUUGUCCUCGUGAGCAGAAGCGCGUGUGGUUUGCUGAUGGCAUCUUGCCCAACGGAGAGGUGGCAGACACGACCAAGCUGUCGGUGACGAGCCGCAGGAGCUCGCAGGAGUUCAGUGGCGUCGCUCCAGACCAAACACCUGGCCCAGCAGAGUCAGAGGUUGGCGUCGAUGGCUACUCCUCCGUCCCCGAAGCUUCUGGGGCGGUAGAGGUGGUUCGACCUCCGGUGUCGGGACCCUGGGAUUACGCCCUGCUCUCUGGAAUCGGUUCUUCGGUGAGCAGGGUUCCCAGUUUGCUGCCAGAAAAUGAGAACGAGCUCCCUCCUCUGCUCAUCACCACCGGAGAGGACGAAGCAGGAGAUGUUCUGAUUGAGGAAAAUCCUGCCCCCUGCCAGAUACUGCACCUAUUAGAGGAGGGAGGACCCCGACCUCUGACAUUCGUUCUGAACGCGAACUUGCUCAUCAAUGUCAAACUGGUUACAUACUGCAGUCGGCAGUGCUGGUGUUUUGGCUCUAACGGGCUGCAGGCGCUGGGUCAGAGAGAGCUGGUGUUCCUGUUGGAGUGUUUGUCCGAAGAAAAAGUUCUUCCAAAAGACCUCUUCACGCUCUAUCUCAACGUUUACCAAGAAGCCCAAAAAGGGAAGUUUAUAGAGGAGCUGGACAACGUGACGUUCACAAGCAGUUUUCUGGGCAGUAAGGAUCACGCUGGGAUGCUCUUCUUCUCUCCCACCUGUCAGCCUCUAGAUGGCCUCACUCUCCCUCCUCAGCCGUUCCUGUUUGGCGUGCUCAUCCAGAAGCUGGAGGUGCCCUGGGCCAAAGUCUUUCCGCUCAGGCUGCUUCUGCGGCUUGGAGCUGAGUACAGCGUGUAUCCCACAAUGUUGACAAGUGUGCGUUUUCGGGACUCUGUGUAUCGAGAGACGGGGCACACCAUUAUGAAUUUACUGGCUGACCUGAGGAACUACCAGUACAGUCUGUCAGUUGUGGAGGGCCUGAGGAUCCACAUGGAGAUGGGCCACAGCUACAUUGACAUUCCCAAAAGUAGCUUCAACGAGAUGCAGAAGGUGAUAAAUGCAGCCAACGAGCACGUCAUCAGUAUCGGGGCACGUUUCAGCUCGGAGGCCGACUCUCAUCUGGUGUGUUUCCAGAACGAGGAGGGAAACUAUCAGACCCAGGCCAACAGCAUGCCGGGGAAGACCCGCACAGUGACUGGGGCCUGUUUUGUGGUGUUCAAUGGAGCCCUGAAAGCCUCCUCAGGCUUCAUUGCCAAGUCCAGCAUUGUUGAAGACGGGUUGAUGGUGCAAAUCCCUCCAGAGACCAUGGAGUCUCUGCGCAGUGCCCUGAGGGAGCAGACAGACUUCCACAUACCCUGCGGCAAGAAUGACGGAGGGGAGCUCAGAGAAAACGUCACUGUCCGCUGGGUCGACUGGAGAUCACCUGUCAACACAGGUAGAACUAGCGGGGUGGAUGGGAGACCUCUGGACGGCGUCCACAGCGUUAAGGUGCUGCAGGACACCGAGUUUGAGUCAGACGGACGCACCAUCAGAUGCACUGAGGUGUUCUAUCAGCUCAAGACCGCAGACUGCGGCCUCGCGUCUGUGCUGUCGUCCUGCAGCGUGUUUCAGAGGGAGAUGGCUUUGGCCACCUGCAGCGCUCUGACUCCUCACCUCGCCGUCCUCACCUCCAGUGGCAUCAACUCGCUCUCCCUCCGGAUCUCUACGCAGGCCGAUAUGGUGGAGUACCAGGCUGGCUCCGGAGGCAGGCUCCUCCCUCAGCGCUACAUGAACGAGCUGGACAGCGCUCUGAUCCCCGUCAUCCACGGAGGUAGCGCUAGUGUACCACAGACUGCCAUGGACAUGGAGUUCAUCUUCUACAUCACACACACCAUGUAACGCACACGCAGACCAUGACACACCUCUAAGUAUUGAAAAGAGAUCCACUUAACAAAAGGUGGUUGAGCACAGGCGGAGGAGCGGUUGAUCGUGGCGGGACGUGAUAAUGCCGCAGCUCAUUUUGCACAGCUGGGCGCGCAGCCGGUCACAGAGGACAAGUAGCAGCAUUCCCACUCUGAGGUUGGGGAUGUAAACUGACAUGAUGGUUUUCUGUUAAGGAACUGCGUCAUCGUUUGUGUGUUUCGUGCUCACCAAAGCUGCUUUUAACACAAGAAGCCAAACACUAAACAAGGAAUACGACAACAUGACCAAAUACAACUUAACUAUUCAAACCGUUUUCUUCUGCUCUGCCUUCCAGGCUCCUUGCAGGCCUCCGUCAGCCGGGAGCACCUCAGUGAAUGUUUCCCACAGACACUCGAAUCGAAGUGUCUCUCAUUUGGAUGUAUUUAUUGUAUUUUAAUAUGGGCUUACUGAAUGAAAUGAUGAUAUUAAAGCAACAUGAUCAGGUGCUACUGCAUACGUAGCCGGCCCAAUCUAAAAAAAAAAAAAACCCAACAAAAUAACAGUGUUGAAAAGAAAAAUCGCAUCUCAUUUCUUCUAAAGGUACUAUGCUUUCAUUCCACAUGCUGGUUUAUGACGACAGGAAAACAGAUGGCCUCAUGCAAGAACAUUUUUGUAUUCUUAUCCUCAACUUGUGACUUUUUUUCCCCAAGUCAGAUCGACCAAACUCUGCACAAACUAGAGUCGUUUCAUCCUGAUGAAUGACACCUCGUCAUGCACAUUUGUGAGAUGCCAUAAUUAGCGUGAUAAAUGCUCAUAAAUUGCCAUAUAACGCGACCUGUUUCGCUUCAUAUGUGGGCCAGGUUUCAUAACCAACAAUCUCGCAUUAAUAAGAGGAACGUGAGAAAUCAGCAGAAAAAACACGACGUGUUCGAGCAGCGGUCGUAUUAGAGGAACCGAAACAAUUCCAAAAUAUUAAUUACAGUUACCGACACUGAGUGGUCAGAGCGAAGGUGACAGAAAUAAAGAAGGAAUAUUCUGACAUGCUGUUAGAUGUUAAACAUUGUCUGGUGAGUAAGUGGACAUGGCAGUCAUGCAGGUGUUACAACUCCUGGAAAGAGACCAGCGGAAGGCAGCUGAAUUGUAUGAAUUGGCAAAAUCUAUUAAUAAAAAUAGUUGUCAAACCUUAAAUGUAAGUUGGCAGCCAUGAUUCUGGUGAUGUGCUGAAAAGGAAUAUUAGUUCAGCAAGAAGUGUAGUUAACUUUCAAACCACAAAACCCGAUUGAAGGCUUCAUCAGAUUUUAGUCUCCCAAGUAUUUUUGCAGGGCUGUAUAUGACUCGUAUGACAGGUCUGCACCAGUCAUUAAUACUUCUUCAUAAUUGUAAAUGGUUGAAAACGAAAUUGUGGUAAUUGGCCUAGAGUGUGUUCAUACGGGUGUUUCUUGCACGAGGCCCAUCAAUGUGUUUGGAUAAAUGUGGAGAGCUGUACUCUGUGUACUCUGUGCAUCUAGAGCUUCCUCUUCAUUCAAGUUAUUCUGCAAAUAAAAAAAAGUGACGGGUAUCUGCUGAAGUUUCAGGGUUGGAAGGGAACUUCCUGUCCGGGAUGAAACUCAAGUUCAUUUAUAAAACUAAAGCUAACUUUUUGCCGUUAUUCUCAUUUUCACUACUCUCUACCAAGAUGCUUUUUACUGUAACUGUUUAAGCAUUUGUGUUUUUUGAACGAGCAGCUGCUCCUGAGCAGCAAAGCGUCCCCUUUCAUGGCUGCCGAGUCUUUUCCAGCUCAAAUACCAAUGAUUUUUCUUACUUGAUGAGAUUUUACUUGUCUGCUUAAUUUUUGUUUCGGGUAUCAGUUAAAUGAUCAGAUUUUGCACAGCUGAUUGGAUCCUUCCAUCAGAUUUAAUUUUUGCAAGUCAUCUCACUUUUUUUUAGUUCUUAAUAUUUGGUGAUUCUGACUUUUAAAUGAACACAUUUUUGGAAAACGGGCUUAGGAGCUUUCUUGCCAAGAGUUAGAAGAGAAGACUGAGACCGCGCUCACAUCUGUCGGUUAAAUACGAACAUACAGCCAGCAGCUGGUUAGCUUAGCUUAGCAUAAACGCUAAGAACAGAGGGAAACAGUUAAAACUGGCGUAACAGAAUCUGCCUACCAGCAACUUUAAAGCUGCCUGAUGAACAUAAUAUGAUCAAAAUAUAUUUAAAAUGUAAAAAAAUCUGAUGUUAAGUUGUAACGACAAGUUCUGGUUUUACAGGACUAAUCCAACGCAAAUCCUCCCGUAAAACCACAACUUUGUCUUUUUAUGUUUAAAAUGCUUCAUUUCGUCUUCUCAGGUGCUGUUUGGUGCAGGAACUCACAAAGUAUUUUACCACACAGUGAAAAGCGUCACACACGUCACAGUUUGCGUCACAGUUUGAAUUUAUUUAAUGUAUUUUCACCACAGCUUUAAGGCACUCGGUGGAUCACAACGGGGAUAACGUCGCCCUUUUUUUUUUUUUCUUCACCUGCUUCUAAUAUUACCGCAAAUUUUCAAGCUAGAUCAGAGCUGCCAAUUUCCUCGUACGAGAGCUGUGGUGAAAGGCAGGUCUUGUGGCUAGUAAAUACGCAAAGAGGGUCCAUCCCCAUAUGCAACCAGGUUAGCAUCAACUGUUUUUGGGUAGCUUUGCGCAGUGUCUCGCAUCUCGUUCCGGAGUCUCACUUUUCAGUCAGGAACUUUUUCAGUCAGCUUUGUCCAAAAUGUAUAAACUGUAUGCAUGGAGAUUUUUUUUGUUUUGUUUUGUUGUUUUUUUUUAAUGAUAGAGUUAUUUUUGGAAUCAUUGGUAUAAAAGUUUUAACUAAACAGAAUAAGAGUUCAUAUUUUUGAUAGGACAUCGGCUACAUUCGUUUUGCAGUUUGUGUAGCAAAGUUCCUUGAGCACUGAGAGGAAAAAACACUUACACUACACUAAACUUCGCAGUUAAUUCCAGAAAUAAACAAAUAUAUCAUUUUGUUAUAAGGUGGAAAAUAUCUAAUCCCAAAAUGCAAUGCUUAAAGUUGUAAACAUCUGACGCUUUACAGCAGACGUAAUCUUUGCUUUUUAGCCAAUACAGAUCACAUGUUAUUUACUUCUUGUGCUGAUUUAAAAGUGUCUUAAUGCUCAGAGAGGAGACAUUUGGUAUUUAGUGGCCAUUGCUCAGUAAUUAUUGUCAAUUUAAAUAAUCAACACAACAUUAUUUUCAUUUUUUUCACCAUAUAAAACAAGAGAAUGCAACUGGUAACCUGGUAGAAGCUUUUUUUGUGACUUAUAAACCUCCACAUUUACUUGUUCAAUGGCUAAUUCAGUCACGUUAAUAUGAUUUAAUGAUGAUAAAUUGCAUUCCUCUUCAUUGAGGCAGUUUGAUUUAGGAGGCAAAUUAUUAUCAGCAGGUUUGGACAAAAUCAGGUAGUUCAGUGUGAAUUGUUUAUUCUUUUCAUACCUGGAGAAAAGUUUAUUUAGUUUAUUUAAUGACUGACUGGCUGUGUUAAUAGGGGAAAACAUUGAGGUGGUGAAGUGACCUGUGAGUCACCUGUCUGCACAUAGCACGUGUUUAAUAAACACCUGAGAGGUGUUUACUAACAA